CUCUCUGCUCGGCCGUUCUUCAUCGGCUUAUCGGCUUCCCAGUGCAGAUCAGUAAGACCUUUGCCCGUGGUUGAUUGAAUCAGCGCAACGCCGGCCAUGAUGCGGAGUGAUCUGUGGAAAGAUAUUGUUGCGGUUGGAUUUCUCGCAUUGACUCCCAUUUUGGCUAACUGCUCAAUGCUCGACAAACUGACGCUGGAGGGGAACGACUUGCUCAGCGCGUGUCUUGCUCAGAAAAGCUCCCGAUGGGAGUGUUUGAAAAACGAAAGCCUCGCGACGAUCAAUCAUCUUGCGUAUGUUCCGUGUAUCAACGUGCUGGAUGGCAUCAACCUAGUGCGGGCUGAUACCCUACGACUCUCCGGUGACGCUACGGCAAGCAAUGAACAAUUGGCAGGUACGAACGACGACGACGACGUCCAACGAUCUGCCGCACAAUCGUGGACCAACUCGGUCGUGGGUGCUCUGCGGCGACUCUUCCAUACGCAUGUCCUGGAGAUUGACCUGCCCAACUCGAUAGGUCCAGUGUUCGCCUCUCAACGCCAGCAGCACGCUGAUCAGUCACAGGUACUGGUUAUACGUUUCGUCGGAAGGCCCUCCUCCGCAUCCCAUGAGUCGUGGCGUGUUGAAGGACGCCACCGACGUCGCCAGCAGAUGAUUCCGAUGAUGAUAUUCGGUGUGACCGUAUUCGGUAUGUUCAUCGUGCCGAUUGCGUUCCAGUUCCUCACAGCGCUCAGCGGUAAAGCGUUCCUAAUGGCAAAACUGGCCCUGUUGCUCGCUUCCAUCAAUGGCCUUAAACGGGUUGCAUCGACCGGGGUGCACUACGGAUUGUACCAUGCCGUGGACGGCUAUCCAUCACCACACCACGGAGCAGCGGUUCCGGGCCACCGUGUGCCGUUCGGUCCUGGUCCACUACUUUACGAUCGAGCCGAAGCGUAUGCCGAAGGGCCACGGAAUGGUGACUUUGCAGUGUAGUAGUAUCAGCUUACCUUUUUUUUCUUCCGCGAACCGAGCAUUCCGUGAAUAUUCCGGGGUGCGAAACAGGAGAAGAGUAGUACAGUUAGUGGGGCUAAAGCUACACGUAGCGCCCGAUGCUUUCUGGAGUGAUUAAAUAACUGGACGCAUUAUUUAUUGCUUUCAUUUCUAUGUAGCGGCCACCUCCUUUUUAUUCCCCAUCGUGGGGAACCGCUAUAUGCGUAUACGCACGCACGGAGUAGUAUAUUUGGCACCGACAUCAAAUUGGUUUUUGGCUACGAUAGGUUUGUGACCCUGUGAGUUAUGAUGUCCAAGCGCUCUAACACCCAUAAAAGCGGACGGUAGCCGUAAAACUGAAAUUAAAAGGCAAACUUUCGGUGCCGGAAAUAGUCGUAGCAUCAGCUACGCA